CAUUUUUGACUUGACAUUGUCAAUGAAGCGAACUACAGAAUUGUUUGUGUGAAAACCAGUAGUCAGACCAAUUUGUUAAUAAUUUGUCUCAACUUCGUGUUUAGGACUGAACCGAGCAGCAAACUACAAGAUGGUUUCUUUAAAUCCUGUCCGAGUUCUCAGUGAGAAUGCUGAGGAAGAACGAGGAGAAAUUGCUCGUUUGAGCAGCUUUGUGGGCGCAAUUGCCAUUGGCGACUUGGUCAAAAGCACUUUAGGACCUAAAGGUAUGGACAAGAUUUUGGUGUCCAGUGGCCGAAACGCUGGUUCAGUAGAGGUCACUAAUGAUGGAGCAACGAUUUUAAAGUCAGUAGGCGUGGAUAAUCCGGCUGCAAAAGUUUUGGUCGAACUGUCCAAAGUGCAAGAUGAUGAAGUCGGAGACGGCACCACGUCCGUUACAGUUUUAGCUUCAGAGCUGCUGAAAGAAGCGGAAAAACUCAUCGACCAAAAAAUCCAUCCUCAGAUCAUCAUCAGUGGCUGGCGAAUGGCUUUGGAUAUUGCUCGAAGAGCGCUCUCUGAAGCAGCCGAUGACAAUAGCGCGGAUUCAGAGAAAUUUCGCAUCGAUCUGAUGAAUAUUGCUCGCACUACUUUGAGCUCGAAGAUUUUGUCCCAACACAAGGAACAUUUUGCCAAAUUAGCGGUGGAGGCCGUACUAAGGUUGAAAGGAUCGGGUAGUCUUCAAGCAAUCCAAAUAAUAAAAAAGACCGGCGGAACCUUAGAAGAAUCCUUCCUUGAAGAAGGUUUUCUACUUGAUAAGAAACCAGGUGUUCAUCAGCCGAAAAAGGUGGAAAACGCUAAAAUUUUAAUAGCCAAUACACCUAUGGAUACUGAUAAAAUUAAAGUAUUUGGAUCUACCAUUAAGGUGGAUUCCAUGGCUAAAAUAGCUGAGCUGGAAGUUGCCGAGAAGGAAAAAAUGAAAGAUAAAGUGAACAAAAUCCUUAGUCACAAUGUCAAUGUGUUCAUCAAUCGGCAAUUGAUUUACAAUUACCCUGAACAGUUAUUUGCAGAUGCUGGUAUAAUGGCCAUUGAGCAUGCAGACUUCGAUGGAAUCGAAAGAUUGGCCUUAGUUACUGGAGGAGAAAUCGUAUCCACAUUUGAUGAUCCCAGUGCCGUCAAAUUAGGAACUUGCGAUCUAAUUGAACAAGUCAUGAUUGGAGAAGACACUUUACUCCGAUUUAGUGGCGUUGCUCUAGGAGAAGCUUGCUCAAUAGUUAUUCGCGGAGCCACACAUCAAAUCAUUGAGGAAGCCGAAAGAUCUCUACAUGAUGCCUUAUGUGUGCUCACUUCCACAGUGAGAGAACCCCGUGUAGUUUAUGGAGGAGGAUGUAGCGAAGCUCUGAUGUCUGUGGCAAUUACUAAAGCUGCUGUGGAUUGUCCUGGCCAGGAAGCCUUAGCGAUGGACUCAUUUGCUAGAGCUUUACUGCAGUUGCCCACCAUCAUAGCUGAUAACGCUGGAUUUAAUUCCGGAAAGUUAAUUGGGCAAUUAAGAUCGGCGCACAAUAAUGCUAAACUCCAGGGCCGCACGGGAAUAAACAUAGAUAAUGGCGAAGUUACGGACAUGUUGGUUCGGGGUAUAACCGAAUCUUUUGUCGUAAAGCGGCAAGUGUUGGUAUCGGCUGCAGAGGCAGCCGAAAUGAUUUUGCGAGUAGACAAUAUCAUUAAAGCCGCACCAAGGAAGAGAGUGGAAGACAGAGGUCACUGCUAGAUUAAGUUUUGAGUUGCUGCUUUUUCACUUUAUUUUAGUUUGUUUAUUAGAUCAAUAAACUUAAAUGGCUAAUUUUUUAACUGUUUUGUGCAUUGAGCGUAACAAUGAAAACUUAUUCUAAAUUCAAACACCUUGGAAAUUAAACCAUUUAAUUGCCAACAAGCUAUUGAACUAUUCCACUGUUUUUUACCAAGCUCACACCCGGUGUAUUCUCAUCUCUGGUUUUAACUUAAUAACACUAUUUGUAUAUGAAUAAAAACGAUAAUCGACCAAAA